AUGACUACGCGAUACAUGGACCUGCUGAGCGAGCAGCAGGGGCAGCUGGACGAGAACUACCGCAAUGCGAUGGGAGUCCUGGACGCUCUCGAGACGCUGGCUGCGCCAGAACAACAUAAAGAGGAACAGGUCGCUGCGCUGCACGCGCUCAAGGCCCAGAGCGAGCCGCUUCUACGCUCUCUGGUCAUGCUGCGAGUCAACAACGUGAACUGCGUCGAGGCCUACGCAACCCGCGCCAAAAUCGGACCGGCCUCAGACGUGGCGAAGAGCAAGCUGCACGCUUCGGCGGGGGAUAACAGCGCCGGCAACGUUCUCGGCUUGGUUGCGCGCGUUCGUGAGCUCCAGAUGACGUGGCUGCAGCACCUGCAGCUGGUCAACCAGCUGUCCGUGGAGCUCGCGUAUCCCCUGGGCCGCCGCGGCAGCGAGCACGUCACCGUUAACCGCGAGGGGCCGCCGCCAGAACUUGUUGCGGCGCUGGCGGCCUACGACGCGGGCCCUGAUGCUCCUGCGGCCGCUGAGUUGCGCGCCGAGCUACUCCGCUACCUCGACGACAUCAAGGCGACCCGCGCGCGCUACCUGUUAGAGAACAAGUAUCUGCUGGCUGACAGCCUGCGCCAACUGACACGCGAUGUCUCCUCCUGGAGCCAAAAGUGGGAGAGCCUGGAGGGCACUCUGUUCGGCGACGCUCCGUCCUCACUGCGCAGCCUCCUUCGCUCCGUGGAUACAACGAAGGCUACGAUCACACAGAAGGUCGCCGCCCCGGAUCCAGCAGCUCCUAGCAGCUCCACGAUCCAACCUACGUAA